GCGCGCUCGUCUCAGGCCCGCGCGAGGCGUCCCGCACCGUCGCUCCCCGCCUCUCGCCCUCCGCCAUGUCGCGGCGGCGACACAGCGACGACAGCGAUGGGCAGCCCCACAAGAGGCGGAGAACGUCGGAGCCGUCGGAGAUCGAGGAGAGGCUGGAAUCGCUGAUCUGCAGGGUGGGAGAGAAGAGUAAUUCAUCUCUGGAGAGCAACCUGGAGGGACUAGCUGGUGUUUUGGAAGCUGAUCUGCCAAACUACAAAAGCAAGAUACUAAGAAUACUAUGCACUGUUGCACGUCUAUUACCAGAAAAACUUACUGUUUACACCACACUAGUUGGGUUGCUAAAUGCCAGGAACUACAAUUUUGGUGGGGAAUUUGUAGAAGCCAUGAUUCGUCAGCUUAAAGAAUGCCUGAAAGUCAACAUGUAUAACGAAGCUGUGCAUUUAGUUCGUUUUCUGUCAGAUCUUGUGAAUUGUCAUGUAAUCGCUGCACCUUCGAUGGUAGCUAUGUUUGAGAACUUUGUGAGUGUGACACAAGAGGAAGAUGUACCCCAAGUACGAUGUGACUGGUAUAUGUUUGCAUUUUUGUCAUCUUUGCCCUGGGUUGGGAAGGAGCUAUAUGAGAAAAAGGAUGCUGAAAUGGAUCGUCUUCUGUCUCAGACAGAAAGCUAUUUGAAGCGGCGCCAGAAGAUCCAUGUACCCAUGCUACAGGUUUGGACUGCUGAUAAACCACAUCCACAAGAAGAGUAUUUAGACUGCCUCUGGUCCCAGAUUCAGAAGUUGAAGAAAGAUCGUUGGCAAGAGCGACACAUUCUGAGGCCCUACUUGGCUUUUGACAGCAUUCUCUGUGAAGCACUGCAGCACAAUCUGCCUCCCUUCACUCCUCCACCUCACACCGAAGAUUCAGUGUACCCAAUGCCAAGGGUUAUUUUUAGGAUGUUUGAUUACACAGAUGACCCUGAGGGCCCUGUCAUGCCUGGCAGCCACUCUGUUGAACGAUUUGUAAUAGAAGAGAAUCUUCACUGCAUCAUCAAAUCGCACUGGAAAGAGAGAAAGACCUGUGCUGCACAGCUAUUGAGCUAUCCAGGAAAUAACAAGAUUCCUCUGAAUUACCACAUAGUAGAGGUAAUAUUUGCAGAAUUGUUUCAACUUCCAUCUCCACCACAUAUUGAAGUCAUGUACACAACUCUCCUGAUUGAAUUGUGCAAACUGCAGCCUGGUUCUUUACCACAAGUUCUUGCGCAGGCCACAGAAAUGCUCUACAUGCGUCUGGAUACGAUGAAUACAACAUGUGUGGACAGAUUUAUUAACUGGUUUUCUCACCACUUGAGCAACUUCCAGUUCCGCUGGAGCUGGGAAGAUUGGUCAGACUGUCUUACUCAGGACCUUGAAAAGCCCAAGCCCAAAUUUGUGAGAGAGGUUUUGGAAAAGUGCAUGCGACUCUCCUAUCAUCAGCGAAUAAUAGAUAUUGUUCCUGCAAGUUUUUCUGUCCUCAGUCCUGCUAAUCCAGUGUGCAUUUACAAAUAUGGAGAUGAAAGCAACAGGUCUCUUCCAGGAUAUUCUGUGGCACUCUGUUUAACAAUUGCAAUUAAAAACAAGGCCAGUAAUGAUGAAAUCUUCAGCAUUUUAAAAGAUGUACCUAAUCCAAACCAGGAUGAUGAUGAUGAUGAAGGAUUUACCUUCAAUCCUCUGAAAAUAGAAGUCUUUGUUCAGACUCUGCUCCAUCUAGCUGCAAAGUCUUUCAGCCACUCCUUCAGUGCCCUGGCAAAGUUUCAUGAAGUCUUCAAAACACUUGCUGAAAGUGAUGAGGGGAAACUUCAUGUUCUGAGGGUUGUAUAUGAAGUUUGGAAGAAUCAUCCACAGAUGAUUGCUGUGCUUGUGGACAAGAUGAUUCGGACACAAAUUGUUGACUGUGCUGCAGUAGCAAACUGGAUCUUCUCUUCAGAGCUUGCACAUGACUUUACUAGGUUUUAUAUCUGGGAGAUCUUACAUUCCACAAUUCGUAAGAUGAAUAAGCAUGUUUUGAAGAUUCACAAAGAGCUGGAGGAGACUAAGGCAAGAUUGGCCAGGCAGCACAAAAGACGAGACAGUGAUGAUGAUGAUGAUGAUGACGACCGAAGCAGUGAUCGGGAGGAUGGGCCUCUAGAGGAGCAGAUUGAGCGUUUGCAGGAGAAAGUAGAGUCAGCCCAGAGUGAGCAGAAGAAUCUGUUCCUUGUUAUAUUCCAGCGUUUCAUUAUGUUGUUAACUGAGCACCUAGUGCGCUGUGAGACUGGUGGAAUUGAUGUAUUUACACCGUGGUACAAGAGCUGUAUAGAGAGGUUGCAGCAGAUCUUCCUGCAGCAUCACCAGAUAAUCCAGCAGUACAUGGUCACUCUAGAGAACCUCCUGUUUACAGCUGAACUGGACCACCACAUACUGGCUGUGUUUCAGCAGUUCUGUGCUCUGCAGGCCUGAGGAUUAUUCACAGGCAGAGUCUUUGUCUGCAGGACUUUAAUGAAUUUAAUUUUUUCUUUUUUAAAUGGGGAUGCAAGAAAUUUUUGACUAAAACUGGCUUUCGUGUGCUCCUAUAUAUAACAAUACAGUACUCUAACCAACAGCAAACUGUGUAAGCAUCAUAAGCCUUACAAGAUAUGACUGAUAGGGGAUAGACCUGAAGUGUAAAGUAUUAAUUUUUUGUUGUCUUUUAAUUUGGUUUGACUCUUGACUUCAUGAUAGUAUUUUUAUUUCUGUUGUUGUUAUUCAUAUAAAAAUAAAUAUAAAAAAGGAAAAAAAAACCCCAAACAGCCCAACCCCUGCCCCCGACCAGCAGAAUUUGUUACCCCUGCCUGGCCCUUAAAUCAAAGGAAUUACAGUAAUGAGGAACAGCUCAUAGUGUUUUGUGAGUAUGAAAAGGAAUGCACCUUCUCAGUGAGUAAUGUGGCAGGCUCUCUAGCAUGGCACAGGAAAAGUGUUGAAACUUUGGGCGUGUGAAACACAUUAGUUAAACUUUCAAUGUAGUAUAGAGCAUUUGGAUUGGCAUAUUACCAGACCAGCUAGGUUUUCAGUUUGAAAGACCAUGGUUGUCAAACAAUUGAAAUACAUUUUUUAAUGUAUUGUCUAGUGUUUUGUUACAAUAGCUACAAGCAGUCAGUAGAGGAACUUCAUGGAGAAUUUCUGAGAAAUGCAAUCCUUUUUGUGGUAUGGUUGAAGAACCAUGAACUGCUUUUGGCAACAGUCUUCACUGGUACAUAGAAAGAGAAAGCAAGUGUUGGAGAGGAACAAAGUUUGGACUUGGGUACUGUAAGCCUUACCCCUGGGUGUUGAGAACUCCAGCCCCGGGUGCCAUGGGAGAGGGCAGAGCAGUACUCAACUCAACUUGUUUCUUUAUUUCAGCCUGUAAGUAGUUGGGCUGCCAGCCUUGCACUGGGCUGGACCUGCAGGCCUGCAGCAGUGCCAGAAAUCUUCCUGGAUCUGAGGGUGGGUGAACCAACUGCCCUCACCUCAUCUGGAUUAAUAACAACUGCUUUGUGGUGGCUCCAUCUGCUACCCUUCCCUUGCUUUAAAAUGUGACAAAAGCAAGUACUCCCUUGUGUUCAGAAAGCAUUUUAGUGCUGAAUUAAGUGAUAUCUCGCAGGAGACUUAGACUGGGAGAACACCACCUGAGAAGAGAGUACCCUUAGUUUUGAGUUAUGCAAAUGACAUGAUAUAGCUAAAGGCCAAACCAGAGUGGUCUGUACUAUGGUAAGCAAGGAUGAAUGGCAAAGAGGCUGCCUAAGGUGCUCAGGUCCAGCAGUGUAAAGUAUAUUUCCAAGCUGUUCAUGGUCUCUUCAUUUUCCAAAUGAAUGUUUAAAAGAAUUUCAUGCCCCGCGCUAUUCAGUUUAAGCUUAAAAAGUGAGCUUUGAGUAAUUUUGUUCCUGUAAAAGUUAUUUUUUCAAGUAUUAGACUUAGUAAUGCAUUUCAUCCAUGUGUUGACCAAUUGACCUCCUGAUGAAGUGAGGAGGAUAAAAAAUGGAACUUUAUACUUUUGAGUGUUGACCUAAGUUUGUGUGUGGCCUGUAGCAAUCCCAUAUAGCCUUAUAGACUUAGAUCUGUUUCUUCUGCUUUAUCUGCUUACCCUUUCUGAUUUGAUGAUCCCUUUCAGGGAACAUUCUUUCAGGGUAUAUUGUUAAUUGUGAAUUCGCUUUACGCAAGGGUUUUGUCAGUCAUGCACAGGCUUUUGCUUCAAAUCUUUGUUAAUGUUCUUGGGUAAUCAAAUAGUUGUUGAGUUUGGUUUUUUUAAAAGAAACAUUUAAUACUGUAGAGGUUUUAAUUGGGGUUUUGAUAGUUUUUUCACUGGCUCAGAUCAGUAUCAGAGUUCUGAUAUUAACUAAUGGUGGGGGGUCUGACUAUAAAUGUGACUUCUGUAAAACUGAAAAUGCAGUUAAAGCUUGCAAGCCUGUAACUUCAUCUGAGCCUUGACGAGUACGGGUGCUGGGGAUCCAGUUGCAGAUGCCUGAGCAUAAGUCUUUGAUGUAAAACCAAAUAACAAAUGUCUUUUCAAAAUUGAUUUGACUUCCAUGGUGAGUGUAAGCUUUGAUUACAUUUCUUGAGUCUCUUGGACACCUUGCCAUCUUUCUAAGUCCAGUGGCACACACCUGACUGUCUUUCCUGUAGGAAAGAGAAUGAGACACUUGCAGUGUGACACCAGCAGCUAACUGGAGAAACUUGGAACUGCUGAAGUGUGAGGUGGUGGAUAGUGUAAAGAUGCUGUAGAAAUGUUGUGUGGUUGGAAAAACAUGCACAAUUAAAGACAAAACUAAGUGAAGGUGAAGAAGGUUG